CGGCGGGCGCGCGUGACCCCUAAUCCGCGAGCCUUCGCGAGUGAAAAUCAAGUGAAAAUCAAGUGAAAUUCGAGGCGAAGGGAUACGAGAAAUCGGCAUUUUAAAUGCUCAGGAGUAGUCGGUGUGUAAGGAGUCGUGAUGUAUUGGAGGUUCGGCGGACCUUGCCCAAAAACCGACCAGAAAUCAGUGUUGCAGUAUCAGCAUCAGUUAGUGUGACGACGAAACGGCGUGAUUUUGAGAGUAGCCGAUAGUGUGUGAGAAGUAUUGUUCUGGACCUGUUGUCGGAGGUUGUUUAUUUUCCAUCCAGGUCUUGAGAAGUGAAGCUGACUCUUAUCAGAAAGUUGUUCGCCUCAAGUGAAAAUUAAGCAAUAGGGGGGGCUAUCUGACCGAUGGACAAACGGAAGAUGAUGCCCAAACGCCCUCGAAUGGAUAACCUGAGGGGUCCGAUCGCCAACGGCCCUAUUCAGACACGACCGCUAGUGGCUCUUCUCGAUGGACGGGAUUGUUCUAUCGAGAUGCCAAUUCUCAAGGAUGUAGCAACUGUCGCCUUCUGCGACGCACAGUCCACUUCCGAAAUUCACGAAAAGGUAUUAAAUGAAGCAGUAGGUGCUCUGAUGUGGCACACGAUAAUUUUGACGAAGGAGGACCUCGAGAAGUUCAAAACGCUGAGGAUCAUAGUGCGAAUUGGCUCGGGGGUAGACAACAUUGAUGUCAAAGCAGCUGGUGAACUUGGCAUCGCCGUGUGCAAUGUGCCUGGCUAUGGAGUCGAAGAAGUAGCUGACACCACUCUCUGCCUCAUUCUCAACCUUUACCGACGCACAUACUGGUUAGCGAAUAUGGUUCGUGAGGGCAAAAAAUUCACAGGACCCGAACAGGUGAGAGAAGCUGCACAAGGGUGUGCAAGGAUACGGGGAGACACUCUUGGUAUUGUAGGAUUAGGCAGGAUCGGAUCGGCGGUUGCACUUCGUGCAAAAGCUUUCGGUUUUAAUGUUAUCUUCUAUGAUCCAUACCUUCCCGAUGGAAUCGAAAAAUCACUUGGUCUCACCAGGGUCUACACAUUACAGGACUUGUUGUUCCAAUCCGACUGUGUAUCCCUACACUGUACCUUGAACGAGCACAAUCAUCACCUAAUUAAUGAAUUCACCAUAAAACAGAUGAGACCGGGAGCAUUUCUAGUAAACACAGCGCGUGGAGGAUUAGUGGAUGAUGAUGCACUUGCUGCAGCUUUAAAACAAGGGAGAAUUCGUGCAGCGGCACUUGAUGUCCAUGAGAAUGAACCAUACAACGUCUUUCAGGGUCAGUCCACGCAAUGCCCAUUGAAAGAUGCUCCCAAUCUUUUGUGCACACCACAUGCUGCAUUCUACAGCGACGCAAGCUGCACAGAACUUCGCGAAAUGGCAGCCAGUGAGAUACGACGAGCCAUUGUUGGUCGCAUUCCCGACUGCUUAAGAAAUUGCGUCAACAAAGAAUACUUCCUGCCCACGACUGGUGGCGAGAUGGGGUCAUCAUACAAAAGAGUCCCUCGUGAAGUUGAUGGAAAUUCGCCAUUUGCUUCGUACCCUAGCAGCUACCCCGAGGGUAUCAACGGCGGUUACUACGCGGGAACAUUGCCCGUUCAACAGGCGCACUCGACGACUCCUCAUGACUCGGCGCCACCUCCGCCAGGUGGUCACUCAGUCGUCGGCGGCGGCGGAGGUGGAGGCGGUGGUGGACCCAACUCGUCGGCGGGUGGCGGUGGUGGUGGGGGUCCAACAGGACCCUCGGGUCCAACAGUAGGCGGCGGUGGAGCCGGCGGUCCCACAUCAGCUCCACCAUCAGCUGGAUUGCCUGGAUUACCACACAGCAUAGUGAGCGAGCCCGACCCUCGGCCCAGUCCACCUGCACCCAGUCCCCGUUGACCUUAAACCCCUAGAUCUCCACCACUCCAGCGCCACCACCAUCCUUUUGACACACCUAAAACUCCCUCCCUCCCUCACUCACUCACUCACUCCCUCCCAACCCCUUAGUCUAGCCUAGCCUAGCCCAUUUAUAAUAUACUACUCUACGCAAGCUCCAACGACUCCCGACGACUACGAGGACGACGACGACGACUAACGACCACCGAUUUAUUAUUGAUAUUCACGAGCGCGGGUCGUGCACGACGUACAACAACCAAAUAUCUGUCUGUCUGCUGCUGCUGCUGCUGCUGUUGUUGCUUCCGACAUACCUGGAAAGUGAGAGAGAGAGAGAGAGAGAGAAAAAAAAAGGGAACGAACGAGAGAAAAAUCGAAUUUUUUGUUGUUCGUUUUGGCAGUACUUGUUUGUUUUCGCGAGAGAGUGAACCCUCUCUUUCGGGUAGCGCAGUUAUCAGUGUGUCGUCCACAGAAGCCAAAUACAGUCGGAUAAAAUCGACAGAUAGUGUCUACAUUAUUUAACGAAUCUCGUUGUUUUUUUUUUUUUUUUUUGUCGGAACUGAUGAUGACCCACUCUGGCGUUGGUUGUUUAAACUGAUGAUGGUCUAAUUUAGACGAUUUAUAGACCACUGCUUUUUGAGUUUGCGCCUCGUUUUUAAAGAAAAUUACGCGGCAAACAGACUGGUUUAGUAAUUAUUUCUGUAUGGUUUAGUAUAUUAUUUUCAAUCCAGAUUAAAUUCUUUUGAAUACGAAAA